AAUAUAAAAUAGACUUCGCAAAAUGAUACACACCUUGUGAGUCAGGAUUAAACAUUUUAUCUUUUCUGUUAACGGCUAUCACGAAUUCUUCGAUUUUGAACAUAUCUCGGAGCAACGAACUUCUUUACCGGUGUCUGAAAUCUCUAAAGUGUGUUCGUUUGUUAAUUCCAUUGACAGACGCAUGAAAAUUUUGUUGCUACGCGGUCGAUUCGAUAGAAUAGCAAGAUCGAAUACGUGGUAAAAAUAAGUGUGUUUGAGAAAAAGCACAAAAGAAAAAUAUUCGUAAUAAUUGUUCGAUUUUUUGGUGAAAUAUCUAUUGCAGUACAUGUGUAUCGUCCAAUCAUUAUCGAAGAAACCGUUAGAAAUUUCCGUUGUAUGCGCAUUUGAACGAUCUAGUAUACAUUUGUCAUUUGCGUGCGGGAACCACUCCCGAUUGGUGUUACGGUGUUUCCGCGAUACUCGUUAUUUAAAAGAAGAAUACAGAUAUGGCUGUUAAUGUUUAUGCAACAAAUGUGACAACUGAAAACUUAAGUCGACAUGAUAUGUUGGCAUGGGUAAAUGACUGCCUUCAAUCAUCAUUCACCAAGAUUGAAGAAUUAUGUACUGGAGCUGUUUAUUGUCAAUUCAUGGACAUGCUUUUUCCUGGAAGUGUGCCAUUGAAGAGGGUCAAAUUCAAGACUAACCUUGAGCAUGAAUAUAUACAGAAUUUUAAAAUUUUACAAGGUGGUUUCAAAAAGAUGAAUGUAGAUAAGGUAAUACCAGUGGACAAAUUGGUAAAAGGCCGCUUUCAAGACAAUUUUGAAUUUCUACAAUGGUUCAAGAAAUUCUUUGAUGCAAAUUAUGAUGGCCGCGAGUAUGAUGCUUAUGAAGCACGUGGUUGUAUACCAUUGGGUUCUGGUGUUGAUGGAACUCAUAAUUUGUCAAAUCCUCAAUUGGUACCUUUACCACCUCAAUCAAAACAGACGCAAAUGCAGCAAAAGCAUACACAGCAACGUAAUAUUACCCCUCGUCAACAGGCUGGAUUUUCUUUAAUCUUCAUACUAUAUCAAUGCUUUUUUUUUUGCAAUCAUUUACAGAUUGUUCCAAUUGAUAAACUGGUGAAAGGCAGGUUCCAAGACAACUUUGAGUUUUUACAAUGGUUCAAGAAAUUUUUUGAUGCAAACUACUCGAGAACAGAACCAUACGAUGCACUUGCUAUGCGAGGAGGAGAGCCCAUGGGUUCUGGUGGAAGUAAUGCACCACAUGGCACUAAUACAAAACGCACUACUCCACGUGAUGUAAAUUCGGCUAAACCGGCUGCUCGUAUUGUUACCAAAGCUCCAGCUCAUCGUCCACAAGCGAAAACAGGAGUUGGCAACCGCGGCGAAGCUGGAAAAGUUGAAGAACUCAGUGCACAGGUGAUGGAAUUAAAAAUGUCUUUGGAAGGAUUAGAGAAAGAAAGAGAUUUCUACUUUGGAAAAUUACGUGAUAUCGAAGUUAUGUGCCAAGAUUGUGAUAACGGAGAUCCUCCACCAAUAGUCCAAAAAAUAUUAGAAGUCCUUUAUGCGACAGAGGAAGGAUUUGCACCACCAGAAGAAUUGGAAGGAGAUGGUCUCGCGCCCGAUGACGAGGAAGAAUAUUAACUUUACAUUUUGUACAAUCAUUAUAAAAAGUACGACAGCAAAUUGUCCAAGUGCGUUUCAGUUUAUUAUCUAUUUGUGAGCCAGUAUCAGUACCCUUCGCAUAAUUGAUAAGCUACUUUGUAAAGCUAUUUAAGCAUUUUCGCCUUCAUUUCGUUACAAACGUUCACCGAGAGUUCAUUAAAAGAUUCGCACGUAUAAUUAGGAUAGAAAGUACGUUAAAUAAUGCACUUGAAUAACUUGUACUCUACGAAAAGUAAUUAUUAAGAAUGAAAACAGAAUUAGCAGUUCAUAUAUUGUCAUAGUUCUUUAUCGUAAUUAAAAUAACGGUAGAGCUUUGAACAUCGACAAAUCUCAAAAUACGAAGGAAAAAAUGAACAAAUAUUUUUGGAUGCAGAUUACCUGACAAGUUGUCUGAAUCCAGUUUGUUAUACAGUAAUUUUAUGUUAACUAUGUUCAAUAAUGUGUGAGUGUUUUUUUGUUUGUAAAUGCACUAUUGUUUUUAUCGAUAAAUAGAUGAAAUCUCGUCGGUUUGUCCUUUCGUACCUUGUAGUUCUCCAAAAUUAUAGAUUGUAUGAACGCAUAAUCUAUAGUAUAACUGUUUCAAACCUGUUUCCAAGUCAUUGUUAACAUUUAUUUGCAUCGAUCAUAAAUGUAAAACGAUAUAUGAUGUAUGUCGAAAACUGAUUCACGAAACGCAUUAAAUUGAAUUUCCUAAGUUUUAUACAUACCUUCGAUUUUUUCUUCUUUUUUAACUUAAUGAAACAAUACAUACAUUAUGUUUCCAUAAAAAAAUUGUAAAACUCGUAGAAAUGAUUGCAAUUUAAAAUCUAAACGAGCGACACAAUAUGGAAAUAUAAAUAAAAUAUAAAUAAUCAUCGAGAAAUAAUAUGAUUACGAAUAAAUGAAACGACGACGAUAUUCAUUUCUGUUUCCACUAUAUUUUGGAGAUGCGAAAGAUUGUUCGAUUUGGACAUUGGAUUUUGAAUCAAUGCGCCUGAUUCAUUUUUGCAAAGAUAGUAAUUUAUUUCACGCGAGUAGAUACGCGAACAUCUUCGUAUCUCCAUGAUCCGUCUUUCAGAACGAGAAUGGCCUUAAAAAGCAGCGAUAAACUUGAGAUUACAGACGAAAUACUCGAAUUAUUUAGAGAGCAAAUGCAAAGUGUAUCUCUCAAAGUAAUACGACAUAAUUGAUAAAAAAAUUACGUUGCAAGCGCAAAGAAACGCUUAGCUUUUGAACAGACAACAAAUGAAACAAUUAAAAAAAUAAAUGAAUAAAUAAAUAGAAAUAAAAAUGAAGAAAAACUAACGAAGAAAAUUUAUAAAAUUGUAUGAUCGGAGAAUGAGUGAAAGAUAACGAGCGAAAGAGAUAAAAAUCAAGCAAGCAAAAGUAAGCAAAAUUAUACACAUAUUAUUUGCUAAGUUUGCGAUGUAGCUUGGCACGUGUAUUUUAAAAAA